AUGGCGAUGACCUGUUUAGCCGAAUGCCCGACGAAGAUGGCGAAGCAAGGGUGUGAGGACGCAUCGCUCACAGAUCGACCUGGCCGAGAGGAGGUAGGGACAGCUGGAAAAGAGGCGGCGGCGACGGCGGAGGAUGAGGACGUGGUAGUUGGUGGUGGUGGUCAGCGGUGGUUGUUUGGAGAGAUUUGGCGGACUCAAUCGAGUUUCCCGCCGACGUCGAGUCCUGGUUGUGGGCUGGAAAAAGAAGGAUGGGAAGAAUGGAAAGGGAAGAAGGAUGAUGGUCAGAGGGAUGAAGAUGACGGCAACCCACCACCCCAAACAGAAACACUUCAGGAGAUGGAGAAGCAGCUGGAGGCUGAUCGGAAACAACGGUCGAUUCGGCAGCGGGCGGCGAAACGAGGGGCACAGACAGGGAAGGAUGAAAAGAAGAAGAGUAGUGAAGGAGAGAGGGUCAAGAAAGAGACGAAACAAGCGUCAAGAGGAGGGGGGAAAACCGGUGGAGAGAGUACUGACGACUUGGUCCGGACCGAUGGACACGAAUCAUCGAUCGCAAGACCGGUGGAGAUGCUCCAGUUGGAUGAAUUCAUGAGCCAGUCUCGCCGACGGUUGGAGCCUUGGAUUUGCCUGAGCGAUGGGAAGUUGACUGUAGGAUUCUGUUUCAUCGAGUGGUCAUCGGUCGGCACUCCCGAAAUGAGAGGAUGGACACCCCGAAUCAUUACCGCUCGUACGCGCCGGUAUGAACCCCGUAUCAGGAACCCAGCGCUUAGCAAUCGCCAGAGUAGGAGGCGGGCACAAGAUGGGCUGGCUGCGAGGGCCCCUUCCAAGGGUUUGAACAUUUUCGAGAACCCAAAUCCAAUUCCAAUCCGGGGUCCUUCUUGGACAGUUCAUAAAACGGAGGAGGCCCGUCCAAGAGAUGGUGAGGCACCAGGCACUGCGGCCAGUGGGGCACCGCAGAGGGAGGGGAUCGAUCGGCUACUUUUUCCCGGUGCUGACCAGAAAUCCUCCGCGGAUGGACCACGGGCGGCGACUCGCGGUGACGUUAACCACUCAAUGCUCCCUCGCCCCUUUGUCUGGAAAAGAAGGCCUGAGCCAAAUGUCGCGGUGUAG